CCUUCACGCGCCGCCGACGAGCAGAACCUGCACCUCGACUCGCUAGCCCAUACAUCCGCCAUCAGUUCGACCUACAACCACCAGAUCAGUUCUCAUCUCUAUAGACCUAUCUGUCUAGGGAAUAUGGUCACAGAUCUCAUCUCAUAGAUCUGCCAUAUAACCGCCCGAGUCCGGCUUCCUAGAGCUGCCCUCCAUCUUUUCUGUCAUCUCCACCCGAAACCACGUACACGCGCACACGCCAGCGAGCCGGCCAGGAUGCCUCUCGCACCGCCCAUUGAAAACACCUACACCACCUUCGAAGCCUGCUUCGCCGACGUGCAAGCCCUCGCCAAGCGCGAAGGCUACGCCGUGGUCGCGCACCCGAAACGCAAGAACGUCAACGGCCAAUGGGCGCGCUACGAGAUCCGGUGCGACAAGUCGGGUGUGUAUAAGUCGCAGGCGCGGGAGCGGGUGCGCAAGCCGCGCCAUAGCAAGAAGACGGACUGCCCCUUCUCGUGCUCGGCCAUCUUGUACGGCGGGGCGGGCGACCCCUGGGACUUCAAGGUGAACAACGGCUUCCACAACCACCCACCGAGCACCUCGCCGGCCGCCCACGUGGUGCAUCGGCAGGACGAGCUCAAGGCGCAGAAUAAUAUCAUUGUCAAUGGGAUUAUCAAGGGGGAUUCGGUGAGGGUGAUCCACGAGACUAUUGUGCAGAGCUACCCGGGGACGAUAACUAGGUAUUAUGAUGUGGACAAUGCGGUGCAAUCUAUCAAGAGGAAUCACCGCGACGAGAGUGGCCAGUUCAGUAUGGACUUGUUGAGGGCUUCGGUGCAGCCGAACAGUAACAGCAUGAACAUGAGCAUGUCAGCACCGGCUCCUGCUCCGGCUUCAGCAAUGAUGGCGGACCUGAUGGAUACAGACGAGGAGGAGGACGUGUCCACACCCCUGUUCGGACGGCCGAAUACUAGAGUUAUUGGUGAGCGGCGAGCAAGAAAGGUGGAGGAUCGGCUUCGAGUGCUGGAGCGGAUGAACGAGGAGAGACGGGAGAGGCUGGAGCGGCUGGAGGUCAAGGUGGAUAGGAUCGAGCAGGGUGUCCAACGCAUUAUCCAGUUGUUAGAAGAGGAAACAGACAUGGAGGAUGCUGAAGAGGGGGGGAGCAGGGCCAGGGAUAAGCCACCAUGUUGGGCAUAGCAAUGAUGAGGGUUUGCUGACGAAACCAUUCUUCGGACCGACAAGCGGAUGGGAACAUCAAGGAAAACGGCCGUCAUCAAUGACAUUGAGUACGAUAAUUCGCGCUGGACUUCUCAAACCAAGCCCUAGCCUGCCCGAAAUCAUCGACUUUCCCUGAGAUGCCUGUGCGACUGUUGCCAUCCCACGGGUCAUUACAAUACUGAACAGAGCUCCUCCUUCUCCAUCAUCUCCUCAAGUCUACCACUCCCUCGCUUUGCC